AUGUUCGACAUGCGCGUCAUCUCGCGCGUCUUUGUGCUCGCUUGGCUCUGUCUCGCAGCGGAGCAGAGCAAAGCAGCAAUCGAUGCGCAUCUCAGCAUUCUUUCCAAAAGAGCAGGACAAGAAAUUUUUGGCGCUAUCGAGGGCACGGCACGCUCUACUCCUGCACUCCAUCGAGCCGUCUCGCAUUUGUCUCUGACAAGUGAUUCUCCAUCUCAUCGACCGGACAAGGUAAAAAAGUAUUGGCGUUGGGCCUCGCACACGUAUUCCUCCGACGAUGGCAAGCAAACCGUCGUUUGGAAAGCUAGACCCAGCGUCGGAGAACAUGUCAAGGCGUGGGAAAAAGCUGCAAAGGUGGGACACGAUGGACCGCUCAAAAAUGUGAGAGCAGAGGUGAGUUUACGACCGCAUCCAUCAUCACCACGGAUUGUAGAUGAAGCAUUCUCUCAUCCUUCAAUCACCGCUUGCGACUUUGUAGGCUCCGGGGGAAGAGCACACGACUGGUCUUCCCGACCUUCACAACGUUUAUGCAAAGCAUUCGACACCUCGACUCGUGGCUUAUGCAGAGUCGCAUCCGACACCAGCUGAGGGCAUCAACACUGCUCCGCCACGCAUCGAUUCCUCCUCCAAGCGGCCACUGGAAGAAGCACAGCCUGCUCAUGUUGAAGAAGAAGCCGCAACGAGCAACAAGGCGCAAAGGACCGCGUUUCAAGCUUCGCCCAGUUCUGUACGCUCCGCCGGCAGAGAAGCCCAGCCAAACCAAACGCCGCCGCCCGAUGCGCACAUGCUUGAGAGUGAGCGAGAAACUGUGCCCGUGCCUGUGCGCAGCAGUAAAGAGAGUGCUGCGGCCGAGCACGCGCAUCGGCUUCAGCAGCCUCCGUCUGAGAGUCUGGGUAGCACCAGUGAAAAGUCGGAUAGCGCAGCAUCGUCGCGCACUUCAUCCAGCAAAUCAUCUGCGCAAAACCCCAACCGUCGUCCACGACCUUCGGCCGAGCUGUUGGCGCUAGCGCACAAAGCUCAUCCGAGCGUUGCCGAGAAAUUGCUGCAGUUUGCAGAAGCGCCGGGGAAUUACAAGAUGGUGUUGCCUGCUUUUGUGCAUCAGCAUCAUCCUGAACUUGCUCAGGCACUCAUCAGAGAACAUCUCGCUACGCCCGCCAGGGAGUUUGCGCAACACGAUACCGAUCAUGCGAGCUCUUCCACGCGUGCGCAUGCGUUGCAAGGCGUCCAGAGUCGUCUUUCUGCUACUGCUGCUCCGGAUCAAGGCCGGAUGGUGCACGGCAAUGCGCCCACACACGCACAUGCGACCCCUUCACCAGCUCCUGCUACGCUCGAAAAUUUGGCCAAUGGCAGUCGAAACAACGUCCCGAUGGAGCACACCCUCGCCGGUGCCGCGCCGCGUUCGGCGACCAAGAGACCGGCGCAAGAGCUCGAUGUGGUUAGGUCAAAGACGCCUCGAACGCAAAGCACACUUCCAAGCUCGCUUUCUCCGGGAGUCGUGGCUUUUUUGCGUACCAAGGGAAGCGUGCAAGGCGCUAGUCAGGCUGCAUCUUCUGCCUCGCUGCACAAAACGAUUUCACACCGUGCCACGGGCGACGAGUCGCCCGCUCCUGUUCCGCGGAACGUUGUUCGUGCGACCACUUCAAAGGAAUCCGCUUUGCCUCUGGUUGCGCCAUCGACUGAUGCUCCAGGUUCAAGUCACCGCUUCAGCGAUCAGCAGGUGGACAAGAUGUGGCGCGAGACGAUCAACUCGAUCAGACACCAGAAUCAGGCUCACAAUCCUCGUCCUCCGGCUGUACGACCUGAUGCGUCGAGCUCCACAGCUCCACCAGGCACUCUACGAUUCCACGCGCAGGUGAGCGAGACUAUUGCUUCUCAAAAGGCCAGGCUUGCAAAUCCCUUCCGACCCCAAGCGCCGGCUCCGAGGCCAGGAACACAAGCAAGACCUGAACAUACUGCACCCAACUACCAUAACGUCUUACGAAGCCCGCCGUCCAAUCCGCAAAUUGAACUUUUGACGCAGGUGCGAAAUUUGCCGGCACGGGCAACUGACACUGUUCGUCCCGCAAGGCCUGAAAGGAUGCCGUCUGGUAGUCCUGCUCGAGAAGCGGAGCAAGACGCUGACCAAAAUGCUGAGGGAGCCCCAUCGAGGCAACCUGCGUCGCAGCGUACUCCUGACGAAGCGCCGCACAACGACAAACGAGACGUGCUUGAGCUGUCCGUGCAACUUCUCGACAAGCGAGCUUCGCGCUUGCCCCCCUUGACGGAAUCCUUUGACGAUACGUCGCGCCUUCCAUCAGAUCUCAGAUCCACCAUAGAUCUGAGCGGAACGGAGCGGCCACAUGGCUCGCCAUUGUGGGGCUCGGGUCAUGUAAAGAAGAUGGCAAGUGCGUGGAAUAGCCAUUUAGCCCGCAUCCAUUCGCCCUCUGCUCGCCAGCAGCCCACCCUCGCUUCCGAACUGGUCGUCGCGAGACCAACGGACGGCGGGUCGAGCAGCUCUCACUCUCAGCGUUCGUCCGACCAAUCUAGGCCAAUGGAGAUUUCUCCCAGCAUUUCCCCCGAGCAAGUCGUGCGCACGUCCCCUGCCAGACAAAACGAAAUGAGGCGUUUGCCGUCUAGCUCGUCAGGACGGCAAGACGAGUCUUUGGACAGAUCUCGUCGCUCACUUGCAGCCGUUGCGGAUACUCUGCUUGGGCGCGAAGAGGAGCAGACAUAUGCACCGCAUCAACUCGUCUUGCGCGCUCCAGCACCACCCGCAUCCGCUGAAGAUGGGCCCGCCGCAGCUUUCCUCAGACCCAGCGUCAAGCAGAUGGUGCAAGCUUUCGAAAAUGUAGCAAGUCACGGAAAGAAGAGUUUGGAUGCUGUCCGAGUGCCCGUGAGUUGCGCAAUGCCUCCGUUUCAUCUUGACCUCUGCUGACACUGUCGCUGCGCGACAGCAUGUCGAGCUUGGCAGUCAAUCUUCGCCCCUUGCUUUGCCGGGCCCGUCGGCACCGCACCGCACCGCAGCUGCUUCCCAGCCAGCCGCGCAUGCAGAAUUACGAGAGGUCGGCAUUCACCACUCUCGCCUCGUGACUUCGCCGCCCCGAGCAGAAGCGCCUAGCCGCAGCCCUCCUGGUAGUCCUGAAAGGUACUCGAGCACGAGGCAUGAGGUGGUAGACCCAGCUCUGCUCACCAAUAGCAGGAGGCAAAACAUGCGAUAUGUAGUCUCUGCAUCUCCUCCCGUGCCUGCGGGUGGCGGAAUACAGACCCAGCAACGAGCAGUCUCCCAACCUCCUCUGGCAAGACACACGACGAGCGAUUCGAGUUCUGAUCCCUUGCACACGUCGGAUUUUAUGACGACGACGCAGCCAUCCUCGAGCUCAUCCUCUUCGAGCAGCUCUAGCAGGGGCGGGCCUGUGCGCAAUCGCACUGCAUCAAUGUCUAUCCACACCUCGGACUUUUACACAACGUCGACGAGUGCAGGGACAAGUACUUCCACAUCCCACCCACCCUCGAGCGGCAGAGCGCAUCCCGAUGGACAUGCGGACCAUGCGUCGAGCUCAGGAAGGCAGCGAGGCCCCGGACUGGAUCUUCCAGAUCUCAACCUUGGACCUGGCCGUGCGCACACGGGUAGCGCUGGAUUGCGAGCGAUCAAUCCCCCCGCAACACCGAAUGAUUGGCUCUCUCUCGCUACGCCACAAGGAGCGCCGCACCCUGGUAGUGCAGCAGCCAAGGCGCUACCAAGCGUCGGAGAAAGCUCCCAUACUCCUUUUUCUGCACCCAGAGGCCAACCAGGAUCUCACCCAGAGGAGCAGCGAGUUGUCCCCUUGUCUGACCCUGACCCGUCUACCAGCGAGCGCCAAGUCUUCUCCUCCCAGCCCGCAGAGCAUCUGACCAUUGCGCAGGUGCAGCGACCUCACGUCCAGCACGCGGAGCCUAUCGGCAAUCGUAAGCGAAAGUCUGGAGGGGAAGAGGAGGGGCCAUCUCGUUCGCUGGCUCAAAGGCAUGACGGCGGCGCGGCUGUGCAGCAUUCUGAACAGCAUAGAGCUGGUACUUCGAUGAUCGACAGCUCGAUAGCGCCGAGACGCUCUCUCAGGCAGCGUACGACUCCGCAAUGGUUGCGGUCCGAGGAUGAGGCUAGUCCUGUCGGGCAGGCGAACGCUCCGCAGCUCAGGCUAGGACGCGGCCGGCCAAGAAAGCAGACGACUUCAAGUGCUGCACGCUCGCCGCAGCUUGAACGGCGCUCACCGGAGCUGCAACGUUUCUCAGCGCUGGCGCUGGACGGCAAAGCAAGAAUGUUUGAGCAAGGGGAGAGCAGCAAAUCCAAACUGGACGCAGUACUCGCGUGUUCAAAGUGUGGCAAACUCACUUGCGCCGAGUGCGGAGAGGUGCUGGCACAGCCAAAGACUCGCCGCACGCUUGGGAGCGCGCCUGAAGCUGCUGCCCGCAAAUUCCGCCUUGCCACUCCGAUAGAGAUUAUGGCGGCCAAGGAACGUCAAAAGGGGAUGCAGAAGCUUCAGCGCUACGCGUACGCUUUUGAGCCGAACAAACCUCAGCCGCAGAUGAGCACUGUGGUUUCUACUCAGCGCGGCGCGCCGUACGUGGGCCCAAAUCCUCACAUUGUCGACUACAACAAGCAGGUGCAGACGACUGACUCCAAGGUGCGAACGCCAGAAGCUACACUGGCGUGGCUGCAUGCGCAGUCGAGAGCGCACGCUCUGCCUCUGCCGCGGCUGACGAAAGCUACCUCUCAGCCUCGCGUUCGUGGUACACCUUUGCGGCCAUCAAGUACUGGGACAAUUUUGAGGAAGCCCAACUUGCGCCGAAAGAUCCCGAAGCCGCUCGAGCGAAUGCCUACCAUCCAUGAGGAGUGGGAAUACGUCCCCAAGCACAAGCAAGCAAUCUACCGCAGAGGCUUCCCCCUAAGGUUACCUCCGCAUUCUCCCGACCCGCCUGUGGAUCCGGGUCUGGCAAGUCUGCUGCACGAGAUGGAACAGCAAGACGCAAAUCAAAUGUCGCCUAGAACUCGCAAGGAGCACUUGGACGCGCUCAACCAGGUCCGCCUGAGCGUGCAUGGCAUGCAACACGUGCCCUCGCACGAAGUGUAUGAGCUCGGUCACAGGCUCGACGUUUUGGGUGCUGAGAGGCGAAAUUUGGCGCAAUUGAAGCAGAACCACGCGCAACAAGAGGCUUUGUUCCAACAGCUUGCCGGUGACAUCCUUGGUCCGGGAUGGCAACAUGGUCCGGCUGUUGCUCCCACUCGUUUGCCGUCCGGCAUCUCUACGGCUGAUUUGGCUCACCACAUCCAUGCCAAGACAGGUAUGAACGUGGCCGACACUGAUCCGGACGACUUGCAGCGAGCCUUGCAAAUGUCCAUGGAGCCCGACUCACCCAAACACAAGCGAGCUCGCUCGACAGAAUCCAUCGAACGGGCGUUUGGUGCGCACAGCGUAGGUCCGCAGAAAGCAAUCGUCAUCAAAGAGGGCGCACAUAAGGCUACUGCUUCCGGUGUGACAGGUCAUGCGGAAAAGACGCUCCAAAACCCAACGGACCCCAAAGGCAAAGCACCAAUGCUGUAUGUUGAGAAGACGGGUGCUGCGAAACGGCCACGCACGGAUUGGGAGAUUGCGAAUACCGCCGGAUCGGUGAGUCUUGUUAUGAGAAGAGAUCAAGUCUGUAUCGAGUGGGGGCUCGUUUGAAAGAACUGCAAGAGACUUAUAUACAUGCGUAGAAUAGAGGCCCGUGCGCUAUUCAGACCGUUCAGGUGCCUCAUGCAGAGAAGGGAACCGUGCACUCACUAAAUGACGCUCCUAUCUUUGCACAGAGCGGAUUGACUCCCGAGCAGAAGGCUGCAGACACGGCUCCAAGAAAGCCGGCGGCCCAUUCACCUACUCAUUCGGAUCAGACGAUGCACAUCAUUCCUUCUCCACCGUCUUCCCGCGGAUCUGCACGAUCCGACGAGACUAUGCAUGACCAGUUUUCUCCUUCUCCUGACCGCACGGCCUCUAGCCCUGGCAGCAGCAACACUUCGUGGAACGUUCACGAUCAUCAGCACAAACAUCAGCGUCGGGACAUUCCGGCCAGACUCGUCAAACGAGGACCCCCAAGCCCAUUGAGUCCAGGAGCAGAGGUGGAGAAUUUCCUGCACAUGAUGAAAGGCAUAGACCCUUCAUCCAUGUCGCCAAAAAGUGCGGCCGAACACCGCGCAACGCUCAGGGACCUCGAGACGCAGGUCGCACAGAUCAGAGGUGCGCGACACGGUGGACAUGGCUAUCCUCACGAGGACGAUGUCCCGCAUCUCGGCUCUCAAAGAUUCGCUCUCCCACUUGAGUCACCGCCUGGCUCUCCAGGAAUGUAUAGCGAUCCAGGGGAGCAACUCGUUCGAUCCCCAAUACACAUCGUUCCACAAAGCGACUCUGCGCCCGGAGACGUGCUUCUGAGUCCUCCUCGCAGAGACUCACUGGAUCACUUUGCCACGUCACCCACACCUUCGCGGACUAAAUCUUCAUCCCGGCGAAUCUCUUUCGAUCUGAACAAGUCGCCGAAAGCAAGCGAUCCUGAGCUCGAGUCAACGGCCGAAUCGGUCGGUCGAAGUCAGCGAAAACGCCCUGCGGAGUGGCACAAUCGCAACAUGCUGGCCAAUUCAUUCCUCUUCGGCACGCGCAAGCUUGCCGGGACCGUCAAGAAGCCCAAGGCUCUUACAUAUUCGGACCAUCUGACCCAGGCGCCAUAUGGCGACUUUCAUGGCGAGCCCGCUCCCCUCAAGCCCGUCAAGAUCGGUCCGCCAAAGACGCCAAGCGGUCAGCAGGCGGGUCUGGAUCCGAAGAAGGCCAAGCUCAAAGGCCCGGCCGUGCCUCCGGUCAAGGUGAAAGAUGCGGCCCGCGCAGUCGAAAGUGCACCUUUCCGAGCAGACACGGGGUUUGACGUUCACGGAAACCCGCGCAGUAGCCGCCCUGUCGGAAGCAAAUCCAGUCCAAAGCAAAACUCUCCAUUGCGUGCGGGAAGCCCCAGACCCGCAGAGGAGCUCUUCAGCAGCCCAGGAGCGUCGCCUAAUCAUCGUGCAUUCUUUUCGUCUCUGCUCUCUCUUCCCGUAUACUUGCGUGAGGACCCUGCUGGAAGAGGCUACGUGCUUCAUGGAGCGGCUCAUUCAAGUCCUUCGCGCACCGAGUCGUCGGAGAUAGCGCCGAUUCAUCAUCUUCACCGUCGCUCAGCAAAUCCUGGGAGGGCGCUUCGCCCGAGCCGAGCCUUCCUGUUGAUGCGUCGCACUGUAUUGCUCAUGACGACUGCCCUGACUCCCAUGGCCACUGCACGGCGUGCUACCAUUCAUCGGAGCAAGCUGCCCAUCUCAAGCGCUCAAAAAUUUGUCACUCCUCCAGAGCUAGCUCGGCGAUGGCCAGGAGAAAGCGAGCCUUUCAAGGCACUCGACGAGCAUCUUAGGCCCGGCAAGAACAAGAUUCUUCGCAACGCAAUUUCGAAACUCACCGCAUCGUUCAAGGGAGAGAAACGUGUUGACAGAGCUGCGACAUAUCCAUCGUCAUUAGCCCGAGCGUCCAUGCGAGAGCAUAUCACGCCCACUCGCCCCGCGGGAGUUGACGGUCUUAGUCCGAGAAUGCCUCAAGCUGUCCGGAAUGGCCAAACGGCGAGCAAUAUGCAGCUUGGAAAUUCACAAGACAGCGUUUUGUCCUCCUUCACCUCGCACUUUCGCUAUCUCAAUCCGUACGCUCCAAGCAUACACACGCCCAAGAGAGUGGCGUCAAUGAAUUCAGAGCAUUCUAUCGCAAGCCGGAAGCAAGAUGGAGUCAAGAUCUUGGAAACGAGCAUGCCACACAGUCCCGUGUCCUCACGUCAGACGACUCGAGCUACGCAGAUCGAGCUUGGCAGCCUUGCUCAUGAACAGGGCACAGCAGGGACUUCGACACUGCAAAGCGGGACGGGAAAAGGCAAGCAAAAGAUGCACAAGGAUCUGAAGCUGGUCUCUCCUUCCUACACGCAUCGCGAGAAACCAUCAGACGCCGAGCCAGCGGCUUCUCCAAUCGACGGCUUUGGUCAAAGUGGACGAUGGCACCACGAUCCGCAGCCAAGCUGGUAUGCAGAGCAAAAGUGGCACUUGUCUCACCAGGCACGCAGCGUCAAAGCGACACCGCGCGUCAAGGACGACUUGAGUCUGCCGGAACUGGAGAAGAGGCCCGGAAAACGAGCGCCUCCGAACUACCCAAAGCCAGGAUGGGAACACAAGGUGCAUCCUGUGGGAAACACGCCCGCACGAAACUCGGCCAACACUGCAGUCGAUCGAUUGCGCGACGCUUCGUCUCGUACUGCCUUGAGCGAGAUUUCGCCAAGCUCAGGGCCUUUGGCAUCGGUCGUCAAGAAGCCGAUUCGCGUGCCUCGGACAGAGAUGUUCGGCGCCUUCCAUUCAGUCAAUACGCGCAGACUUCUUCGCAGAGACAUUGUGGCGCAGGAACAGCGUCCUAUGCGCGGUCUUGGGAGCAGAGCCAUCGUACCGCUAUCUUCCGCGCUGCACCUUCACGAAGACUUUAUUCCGAUAGAAGAUGUGCUGGUGGAGGAGUCGCCCGAGGGCAUCAAGGAGUCUUGUCAUGUCCCGCGCCCAAGUUCUUCCGAUUCUGCUUCGCAGUUCGGAAGGACUUUGACUCGUAUCAAGCAAAAAGUGAAGCGAGAGGAUGAGAAAGUGAAGAAGUCGAUGUGUCCCGAGGAGGUGAAGGGUCAAGAGGAAUCGUCGCGCACGUAUAUGCACCCGGCUCCAGCACUGACAAGAAUACUGCGCAGAGCUCUACCACCGCCAAUCGAAGAAGGUGGGCAGGCUCAAGCUCGUAAAUUGAGCAGCAGUUUUGCAAAAGAGAUGGUGAGGAAGCCGUCGUACCGAGUUUGUUUGUUCACCCACCGACUCUGAAUCAUUCUUCUGAAUCAGUCAAAGAUUCAGUUCAGCUUUCCUGCCAAGCGCAUCGGUACCAGCGCUCGAUAUGCUGGAUACAAAGCAGAGGUGCAUCGAGCGACACAAAUCUCCAGCCGCAUAGAUACGAGCCCAGAGCCAAUCAGGGGCCAUCGAUCCACGCGCACGGGCAACAAUGACAGUCAGAUCUUCGCUACGCCGUUUUCGUCUCAACUCAAGAGAAACCCGACACGGCUUGCUCGAGCUCGCUCGCCCAUGAAGCAGAUCGUGCCACUGAUGAGAAUCAAAGAAACGUCUCGUUGGCCGGUUGAGAGCAAAUGGAAGAAGCAGAAGCAGCGUGAGUGAUUCGCGUGGAAACGUCAAGCUAGUGUUGGGAUCCUGAAUCGCACCUUUGCUCGCCUGUCUGUUGCAAAAAGAUGCGCAGCAGACGCCCACGAUGGCCUCUAGCUCAGCGGAUAAAGUGGCGCUGUCCAGCCAGCCUGGGCUUGUGCAACUGCAACCGACGGCUGCGUUGGAGAAUGUGUCUAGUCAAGGCUACCAAGGACGACUGACGCGUCAAAAGUCGUCCAUGGCUGGCGUAGCAAGUGCGGCGGAGCAAGAACAGGUGGUUGGAGCUGCCACUACUCUGACUCGGAUGAGCAGCGGCCAUUGA